AUAUUUCCCGCUCGCACCUGUAGUUCAUAUUUUGUCCAUACCUGUCGCUGAAGUCGCACACGCUUCGAGCGAAAGGUAAUGAACACCUUUAAUUCGUUUAAUUUCGAUUAAUGUCGCCAUUUUGUAUGUCUCAGUAGGUAAGUAGAUUAUUUCCUCUGUCGGUAUUUCUCGAUGUUUACAAGUAGAUAGAGGACUUUACAUAUGCAAUAUAAUCAAAACUAUGGAUAUUAAUAAUCAUACGGAAUUAAUACGACAAGAGAUAAUAAAAAAUCAUCUACAAUUCACUGCUUUGAUACAAGAUAUACAACAAUGUACCGGUCCUUUAGAAUUACUUAAUGAACUCAAUGCAGAAGGAAGGGAAAAAAUUACAGCAUUAAGAUCCAGCAUAGAUAAAUUGACUUCUCUAUCUGAAACCAAAAUAAAUGAAAAGGAAAGAACAGAAUUGCUAGCUGAAGUUGAAACAUACAAAAAACAGUUAACUGCAUCUCUUGGAGCAUUUCGUAAAGCUAAUGUCAUUAGUGCAUGUGUUAUAGAUAAAUUGGCAAGAGAGGAUUUACUCUCGAUAUCCGAAGAACAACAAAAUGCUCUUCGUAAAAGACGGGAUAAGCAAGGUUUAGCAAGUGCGUCUAAUCAAGUGACAGAAAAAUUAUUAAGUAUUUCAAGACAUUUAGCUGAAACGACUCAAAAAAGUGGGGAUACGCUGGACACACUGUUAACAUCGUCCGACAAAGUGUCUAGCACUAAAAACGAAUUAGAACAUCAACAGCAAGUCAUAGUACAAUCAGGAAAGUUGUUAGGGAAAUAUGGUAGACGGGAAGUUACGGACAAAGUACUACUCGUUUUAGCAUUUGCUUUCUUUCUCGCUUGCGUCUUCUAUAUUUUACAAAAACGGCUGUUUUGAAGGUACAAAUGGCUUCUAUACAAUGUACGAGACAAUUCCAGAUUUAUUCCUUUCUUAUUUAUAAUAUUGUAUUAUUUAUAAGAUUGUACGAUCGUACGAUCUACGAGACGACGAACUGAUUACUCGUUAGAGCGAGGUUUUAUGAUAAUUUUUAUUUAUUAUGGGAUCAAAUCACAUAUUUACAAAACAAUUGACUAAAAAAGGAUCAGUCACGUAUAUAAUAUUUGUACUGAAUUUAUAAGGGAUAUUAGAGCAUAUAUCUUAGGUACUAUGUAUAUUGUUUUCAGUCUAUGUUACCACCAAAAAUUAUUAAAUUCUGUCAGUUGAUUUUGUAUAAGCUUAUCCUGUAAAAAAAAAGACAAAGAUAUUUUUAAGAAGAUUAAAUUAAACGUCUUUUUACCAUUCGCUAGCAUAAGAUUUUGCAAUAAAAAAUAAUAAUGUUAUUUAUUAUCUAAUUAAACUCUAAUCUGCUCGUACAUUUUUGCAGCUGGCUAUGAAUUCCUCUAUGGAUAUCAUUCCAUCCUUAUCAGUAUCCAUCUUUUCAAAAAGUCUGUCCACGUGCCUGUUUACCAUACUCCAAACAGUUUGAUCAUUGUUUACCAUUUCAUAAAUCGCAGAGACAGCGAUCAUCAUUUCGUGUUUCGAGAUGCAACCAUCGCCAUUCAAAUCAUAAAAUCUAGAAGCAAAAAGAUGACCGUGACCAGUUAUUUUUAUCAACGGUCGAGGUUCACCAUUGCUAACCCCGUCAUAAUCAAUAACGAUCCAUACGAUAAAUAGAUAUCUUUCCAACAUAUAUACUUGUUACCGAAUUAUAGAAAAUCGGAUCGCGCUGAACUGCUUCGGAUAAAACGUAAGAGUAGACUUUCUCUGCCAAAUGCUAUUAAUAGUCUAGUAGCCUGGAAACCAGCUAUUACGGUAAUAGGAAAUGAUAGUGCUAGUUGCGGAAUUAGUUUACUUUAAACUGUCUGGAUACUUUAUGAUACAGACCGUUUCUACUUAAGGUCUCCAAAUUCACAAGAAGCUUCUGUAGCUCGAGAAUGCUUUUCAAGCGAGUAAUAUAGAAUGAUUUAACAUAUACAUGCGUAUGUAAAAAAUUAAAAAAAUGUGAAGGGAUCGAUUUGCUCGACUCGUCGAUCGUUCGGUUACACACGCGAACACAUGCAUAAUCUUUAUAGAUCCGUCCUUGACACGAUAUUUUUCAAUGUAAAGCAGCUAUCGAUUCUGUUGGUGCGUGUGAAAGAUAGGAACCACGGAUGGGAAUCAUACGUUAUCGUCGAGUCUUAUGAAUGAAAUUAUAUGGGUCACACUGACUUCUCGUAAUAACUGGAGUACUACCGAGUGCUAAAGAAAGCCAUAUUGCAGGUGUGUUACGAAAUGAAAUGCACUUGCAUACGGAAUGUUAGCUUGUUAUUUCAAAUUAUAGAGGUGGAAUGUCUCUCCCGAUCGUUUGGUAGAUUAGAGAAAACGAUAUGAGUAAUUGCAAUUAAAUCGGCAACGUUCAUAUUAUCUUUAGACGAUAUUUAUACGCACGUGGAAUACGAGAACGUAUUAUAGCUACCUCGAAUGAAUGAGAAUCACUCGGACAAUGGUCGGAAAGGGACUUCCCCAAGUUCAAUGCGAUCGAGGAAUUCUUUUUUAUUAGGAAUAAUGUUAGAAAUGUUAAAGGCAAAGUAUUCUCAAGCACGGAUAUGCUAUCAACGAACGAGCGUAUUCGCAAGUUUAAUCGUCACGAUUUUUCUGAGCGGUAGGGCGAGCUUGGUAUAUAAAAGAACAGUAAGCAUCCAGCAUCUCUUCAUUGCGAGAGUGCAUUUCUUACCGUGGAAGUUCUAAACUUUUAAAUAGAGAAUCUCAUCUAGGAUAAAUACCAAUUGUUUGAAGAUUAUCACACGAGAAAUUACAGUGCAAUAACAAUUUAAUAACAGAUAUUGAAGAAAAGUUCAUCGAUAUCAAAUCAGCUUUAUCUUAUUAGUAAGACAAAAAAAAAAUAGGAAAGAAAGGAGAUACUGUCGCUGAUUAUAUAUUGCUCAGAAAGUGUGAAAUUUGAAAGUCACAAAGGAGAGCGUCAAGUCAAUAGUGUCUCGAAGAGAACAGUGAUGCAUAAAUUGGAGCAGUAAUAUAUUAAAAUAAAAAAAAAAAAAAAAUCGCACUCCUUUCGCGCUAACCCAAACACAGCGAAGAUGAAAACGUUCUUUCUCCUUUUAUUAUUGAUCGGCAAUGUUCUUUGCGUGCGAUGGUUGGAUAUACUACUGGGCCAAAAACCUUAUUCCAAUCAGAGAUCUGAUUAUUAUCUAAAUCAACGUUAUCAACAACGCCAAGGAAAAACCGGUAAGGAACGUUGGAAAGAUAUUUGCAGAACGAUAAAUGCCGAUCCGUAUGCAUCUCCAGGACGCUCACCUUAUCCAGCUGCCCCAGUUUGUCCAUGGUAAUACCUUUUGUUCCAUGAUUACAUAUUUCAAAUUCGUCGUAUUGACGUGUCCGUGCCAAAUAUUAGAGAUUAAGGUACACGAUUGUUAUUAAAAAUGUUAGUUUUAAAAAUAUGAAUUUAUUAUAAUAAUGUUCUAAAUUCUAUUUAAAAGUAUUUCAGUCGAUAUAUAGUUUUUCUAUAUAAGCAUUUACACUAGAGUCACGAAUCGCCUAUCUGUCGUGUUUACGAAUUAUGCAGAAAAUAGGCAAGCAUACAAAUGAGAAAAGCUUUGUACAUCUUUCAUCGAUUUCCUUAUUCCAAUGAGAAUCCAGUUCUCGAACCGUACAUGGUUAUAAAUCGUAUAAUUUAGUCAUCUUGGAAUAUUCUUCUUCUAUUAUCGAGUAUGUACUAUGUAACGUAGAAAAAUAAAUUAUUUACAGUAAA